AUGAGCUCGACCGGUGGUGGUGCACCCAAACUAAGCAUCUCGCUCGACGAAAGUCAACUCAGCCAGGUGCGGGAAUGUUUGACCAGCUUCGCCGACAAUACAAAUCCCGGUGUGCACCAGGAUGCCACCAUGGAUAACUCAUAUGCGAUGGGAUUUCGUUCUCCCUCAAUAAACGCCCUCACCGGUCACGGUUCGCCCGUUCCGGUGCGUUCUUUGCGCGACAACGAGGAAGAAAUCUCGACACUGCGCAAAGAAAACUUCAAUCUGAAGCUACGCAUUUAUUUCCUCGAGCAGAAGGCGGGCAUCUGCACGGACAGUGACACACCCGUGCUGGGCCAUACCUCCUCAUCGUCCACGAACACGUCAUGCGAUGGUAAUUAUUUGAAGCAGAACAUCGAUUUAAAGGUCGAGGUAGAAUCAUUACGACAGGAUGUUCAAAACAAACAUGACCUUCUCUGUCAGGCGGCCAAAGCGAUGGAGGUGAUGGAGGAAAGCCACAAGAAGGCGGAGGAAAAGCACCGCGAGAUGGUUAACGAUCUAAACAAUCGUAUCGAGAUGCACCAGCUCGAGAUAAAGUCGUUGGAGAAGAUGGCGAGCGAGCUGCAGCAUCAGUAUCGCGAGCUGCAACUAUCGACCAGCCGCGUGGGUAUCGAUGAUGGGGCAAAUGAUCAACAUCAGACGCACGGUGACACGACGACCACAGCCGGUAAGGGUACGGCUCGUGAUAAUGUUGGUGAGAGUUUGCUGGACUUCCUCGACACGGUACAGCAGCACAGUGAGCUAAGUGUGCAGGAGAAGCUGAAGCUGCUCGAAAUGGACAACGCGGUACGACAGUGCCAGGAGCGUAACGAGGCACUGAGCCGCCAGGUGGAACAACUGCAAAGCGUGAUCGAUGAAAAGGCGAGCAAAAUUAGUCAGCUAGAGGUGGAGCUGGGAGAGUUGCGAUUCGAAAAUGCGGAACUGCGCGAAGAAUCGGAAAAGCCCCAAACGAAUGUUGAGAUCGAACGCCUAAAGCAGCAGAACUUUGAUAUUCGGUCCGAGCUGGCUGAGAAGCUGUGCGUUCUCGACGAUACGGAAGCAAAACUACGGGAAAAAACGAUGGAGUGCACGAAAUCUUGUAAAAUGGUCGAGAAGCUGAUAAAGACAAUAACCGAGCAAGAUAAAGAGCUGGAAAAGCUGAAGCGAAACUCGAACAUAUCACUUGCAUCCGAGCACGGCAGUUUUCCCGCGUCGACCGUAGAAAUCGUCGACCAGGAUCGUAAACCGGUUAGCCAGUCCGAGUACGACGCCCUAGUGCAGCGCGCUAAACUGCUGCAGCAAAAGAACGACACGCUCAUUCACAAGCUGUGCGGCGGUAGUAGUGGUGGUGGUGCGAACAGUGACAAUCGUAACGAUCGUAACAUCAUCAUCAAGCAGCUUAACGAUGAGCUCAUCAAGGCACGAGAAGAGGCCGAACGGGAGCAAAAAUGGCGCAAAGAGACGGCCGAUCUGUGUGCCAUUUCCACCCAUCGUCUAGAGGAGUUGGCCGGCUUUCUUGAUUCGCUGCUGCGGAACAAAGAACUGCUUGGUUCACUAUCGACGGACAGUCGCAAAGCUAUCCGGAAUGCGGUGGAUCGUAGUUUGGAUCUUUCGCGCAGCCUUAAUAUGUCCAUUUCCGUCACGGGUCUAUCGCUUAUCGGUAACAACAGUUUGGCGCAGCUUAGCUGUCUGUCCGGAUAUUUGGACCAUUCGGUGAUUGGUGAUGUUAGUGGAAAUGUUGGCGGACAGAAGAAGAAUGCCGAUGGUAUCGAUGAUGCCGAAGAAUAUGACAAAGAAAACCGAAUGACGAAUGUGAAGGGACCGAAUCAUUCCAAGCAGGAGGUUGAAUCGUUACGUGCCGAAAUUAGGACUCUGCGCGGUGAGCUGAUGGAGCACAGGCAGCAGCAACAGCGACCUCGUCGACGGGAAAGCAAAGAACGUAAGUCCGUCCCGAUCGAACCGAUUUCCGACUCGGAAGCAUGGUCUGAGCCGGAUCGGGGUGUAUCGCUUGCGCGGAUCGGUUUGGAGGAGAGCAGCAAGGUGGCUCUUAGACAGAAGAACGCGUCAACCGGUACGAUUGGUGCAUCCGCUUCCGGUGCACUAGAGCUCAGUUCUACCUCCGACAACGAAUCGCUAGCUUUGUCCGGUAUCGUAACCGGACAGCAGCGUAAAUCGGGUUCGGCGGCCGACAUGAAACACCUCCAAGAUAUGGUUGCAUGUCUGAACAAAGAUCUGCAGGAUAAGAACGGCACCAUACUCACCAUCCAAAGCCAGCUGGUUGAUCUGGACAGUGAGCUGCAGCGCGAACGAAUCCGGCUGGCGAACGUCCAGUCGGAAGCGAACGACAACCGGCAGCUGUCCGAGCAGUGGGAACGGGAGGCGAAAGAGUCGCGAGAGAAGGCUGAACGAGCUGCCGAACGGUUGGUACUGCUGGAAAGUGACAUCCGGCAGCGGGAUGCACUGAUCGAGAAGUUGCGGAAAGAGCGUGAACAGGCGGCAGUUGAUUUGCGGGUGGCGGUCAUGAAGCUCGAGUCCAUGCACACCGAGUACAGUGAUCUGCAGCAACGGCACAAACGUGAGCUAGAUGCACGGCUAGCGAACGAACAGCGUCAGCUGGACGAGCUACGCCAAAGCUUAACCGAAUCAUUCCGCAACGAGUUGCAGUUGAAGCAGCAAUCGUUCGACACGGCACUCGCCCAGAACUACAUCUCCAAGAACAUCCAUCAGGAGAAGAUGCGCGAACUGAACGAACUGCACUACCGGCUGGAGGAUGCGCACAAUGACAUUUCCGCCAUGGCACAGGCAGAGGACACGCUCCGGAAGCAGUUGGCCGACUGUGAGCGUAAUGUGCUGGCGAUGAAGAAAAGUCUCGAUGAAGCAACACUGCAAGCGUCCAGGGCGGCGAUCGAACGCACCAAAGCACUGAACGAGAAGCGGCAGCUCGAGAGCGAGCUUGGAUUCGUGCAGGACGAGCUGAAGCAGCUAAAGAUGGAGAAGAAUGAACUGAACGAGCAGCUGCAGGGCAUGAUGCUGAUGCGAUCGCAACAGAGCUCACGCAGUCCACGAAUGGCGGCGGGUGCAGCAAGUGCUGCGAAUGAUGGUGGGCGCAUGGUGGGACAAGACGGAAAUCUGUCAACAUCGGGAACGGAUGAAGAGACGACCGGUAGGCGACUGUUGGAAAAUUCUUCACCCGAUCUCGGUAUCGAGAGUGAUCCGGGCCGGCUGUCGAACGUGGAGCUUGGAGGAAGUGAGUUGAAGUACGGCUCAACCACAUCUCCACCACACCAGCAGCGUCCUCUGCUCAAAACCCUCGAACUGACGAAAUCGAUGUCAAAUCUGCUCUUGAAUCCGGCAAUGGAUGUCAAACUAGAGGAUGGAGAAUCGUCAAAGGGAGGUGCGGAGCAAGAAGCGUCGGCUGAAGCGACCACCAUCGUCAAGCACGACUGUGCCAAAAUCGAAGUUGACUACAGGGAUCUGCAGCGUCGGUACAACAAAACGCGCCACUAUCUGGCGGUCGCGUACGAUAAAAUUAAAUCGUCCAACAAGGUGAAGAAGCAGCUCGAGGUGGACCUGAAGCAGCAGAUUCACAAAACGCACGCCGUCCUGAAGACGGUGCACCGUAACAUGGACGCCAACAACGGUGGUAGCAAUGAUGAUUAG